AUGCGCAUGGCAUAUGCGCACAUGGUGAGAUUCAAAAGAUACUCUAACCAUUCACGCCUUAUCACUAUAUAGCCAUUCAUCAAUGGAGACUAUUCACACACUCAAGUUUUGGCUCUGAUCGAUCGAGCUUCAAAACAUGACCAAACUAAUAAUGCUUUUCUUCUUCCUUGUACAAACUCAUCAAGUGUUCUUUCUUCCAACUUUUUCUUAUGGUUUCCAAACACAAGAUGAGAUCACGAGAAGUACUACUUAUAUUAUCGAAAUGGACAAGUCCAACAAGCCAGCAGUUUUCGAGAAUCAUAUCAACUGGUACGACUCGUCUUUGAAAUCGGUAUCUGACUCGGCCAACAUGCUCUACGCCUACAACAACGUCAUUCAUGGCUUCGCCACGAGUCUGACCGAGAAUGAAGUAAAGCUGCUUAAACAACAACCUGGUGUGGUCUCUGUUAUACCCCAGAUCAGAUACGACCUCCACACCACUCGUACCCCUCAGUUCCUUGGGUUGAGCAAUACGGCGCCGUUUUAUUACAAGGGGUAUGGUAAGAAGGUCAUGAGUGAUUUGGUCAUUGGGGUUUUGGACACUGGAGUUUGGCCUGAAAGCCCCAGCUACAGUGACAAAGGCCUUGGUCCGAUACCAAAACAAUGGAGAGGAGAGUGCGAGGUCGGCCAUAACUUCAACUCCUCGAGCUGUAAUAAGAAACUGGUUGGUGCAAGGUUCUUCUACAAAGGCUACGAACAAGAGAUGGGUCAUCCAGUGGACGAGAAAUCUGAAUCGAAAUCGCCUAGAGACGACGAUGGCCAUGGAACUCACACCUCGACCACUGCCGCAGGCUCAGCUGUUCCGGGUGCUGAUUUCUUGGGUUACGCUUCGGGAACGGCGAGGGGAAUGGCUUUAACUGCCAGACUCGCCACCUACAAGGUAUGCUGGUUCGGUGGUUGUUUCGGCGCUGACAUAAUCGCCGCCGUAGAUAAAGCCAUCGAAGAUGGCGUCCACAUUCUAUCCAUGUCUUUAGGGGGUGGCUCGCCUGAAUACUUUGAGGACAACAUCGCCAUCGCUGCUUUCGGUGCCACCGCGCGUGGAAUCUUGGUAUCGAUCUCGGCCGGAAACAAUGGUCCCGGUAGGGGAAGCUUGUCGAACGUUGCACCGUGGAUGAUCACAGUCGGUGCAGGAACCAUAGACCGUGAUUUCCCGGCUUAUAUCAGACUCGGAAAUGGGACAACUAUCAGAGGCGUUUCAGCUCUCUAUAACGGAAAGCUUAAAAAUUAUAAACAAGUUCCGAUUGUUUAUCAUAGUAAUAAGAACAACUUAGAUGAUGUGUUUUGUUUGCCAGGGACAUUGAUACCGAAAGACGUUUCUGGGAAAAUAGUGGUAUGCAUUAGAGGAGAAAAUUCAAGGAUAGAAAAAAGUCUAGUGGUGAAAGAAGCUGGUGGAGUGGGAAUGAUUUACACUAGUGAUGAUGAUUCAUAUGGUGAUGAGUUAGUGGCCGAUCCACAUUUUGUUCCUACUGUUGCUCUUAGUUUAGAAAAGGGUAUCCUUGUAAGGGAUUAUAUCGACUCCGUAGCUAAUCCAAUGACCACUAUUAUACAAAAAGGCACAGAGUUGAAUGUUCAACCUUCACCCAUUGUUGCAGCUUUCAGCUCCCGUGGCCCAAAUUCACGCACACCAGAGAUACUCAAACCAGAUGUUUUAGCCCCAGGAGUGAAUAUCCUAGUUGCAUGGACUGGCGCAGUUGGGCCAAGCGGAUUGGACCAAGACAAGAGACGAGUCAACUUCGCCAUCAAAUCAGGUACGUCCAUGGCUUGUCCUCACGUAAGUGGAGUAGCGGCCAUAGUUAAAUCUGUGCACCCGAAAUGGAGCCCGGCUGCUAUCAGAUCAGCUCUGAUGACCACAGCCUAUUCCACUUACAAAAACGGUAAGACCAUACAAGAUGUUGUGACUCGAACUCCGGCUACGCCGUUUGAUUACGGAGCUGGACACGUGAAUCCGGAAGCUGCCCUUGAUCCGGGGCUAGUGUACGACAUUGCAGCCGAAGACUACGUAAGGUUUCUCUGUGCUUCGAACUACACGAAGAAGCAGAUUAAAACUGUGACUAAGAGAGACUUUAACUGCGGUAAGAAGAAGAAGUACAGUGUUGGAGAUCUUAACUACCCCUCUUUUGCCGUGCCUUUGAAAUCAGCAUCAGAUGAAGAUGGUGGGAAUAGUAAAUCGACUACGGUCACGUACACUAGAACUUUGACGAAUGUUGGUGGAAGCCCAGCAACCUAUUAUGUCAAAGUGUCGAAAGUGGAUGCAGUGAAGGUCUUGGUCAAACCAAGAAGGUUGACUUUCAGAAAGUCAUAUGAGAAGUUGAGUUAUAGGGUUACUUUUUCUACUAGGCCUAUGCCAUGGCUUACUAAUCGAUUUGCUCGGCUUGAGUGGUCUGAUGACAAUUCUAUACGCUUUUUAAGCUUUAUUGGUAGGACUUUCGGUGUUUCUCGACCCGUGAAUAGUUUUCGGUGCGACUUUUUUUUAUGACCGUGUAUAUUGUAGCUAUUUAGAGCUUCCUGCAAAUUUUCAGAAAAUUCUGAAUAGUUUACAGUACCAAAAACUAGGUUCAAACAGUUGUUUUCCAUAUGGUAGAAAAAAAAUUAGUCGCACGUGCAACAAAAUGUUUGAACCUAGUUUUUGAUAUUGUAAACUAUUCGGAAUUUUCUGAAUAUUUGCAGAAUGUUCUAAAUAGCUACAAUAUAUAUGGUCAUAAAAAAAAUUGCUCCAGAAAUUAUUCACGAGUUGUAAACACUGAAAGCCCUACCGAUAAGACUUAAACUGUAAAGUGAAGCACUCCCUAUAUGUCAUGAGAUAUACUCGUCGUAUGAGUUUUAGUCCUAUGAUAUUUUUGUUGUUAAUACUUCUUAAUUAUUAAAUGAGUUUUAGAAGUGAUAUCACCCUAAUUAAGAGAGUAGAAAUUAAACACAAUUACUUAUAUAAUAUUGGGAAGAUAGGUUUGAUCAUGA